AUGUAUGUUUAUGUGCUGAUGAAUGUACAAACUAAUCUACUCAUUAGAAGUAUUGGACUUCAAGUGGCCGAUAAUACCCACGUCAAAUGUAAAAACAAUGCCAGAAAUGUAAACCCAGAGUUCUCAAGACUUCUGGUAGGAGCUGCAGAUGAUAAUUUGCUUGCUAAAGAACUUUACAGCAAGGUUAGAGUUGCUUGUUGGAUUAUGACGUCACCUACAACUUUACACAGUAAAGCCAUCCACGUGAAGAACACCUGGGCCAAACGUUGUAACCUGGUCCUGUUCAUGAGUUCUGUUGCUGACCCAAAAUUUCCAGCCGUUGGACUCGAUGUUCCAGAGGGCAGAGAACACCUGACUGCCAAGACGAUGAAGGCGUUUAAAUAUCUGUACGAUCACCACAUGGAAGACGCUGAUUGGUUUUUAAAAGCUGAUGACGACACAUACGUCAUCGUAGAGAAUCUUCGGUACCUCCUGCACAACGAAGACCCUACCCAGCCGGUUUACUUCGGGCAGAAGUUUAAGGCAUACGUCAGAGAAGGGUAUGUAAGCGGUGGAGCCGGAUACGUCUUAAGUAAGGAGGCGUUAAGACGUUUUGGGGAAAAGAGUUAUGUUGAUUACAAGAUCUUCGCUGAAUAUGGCGAAGCUGAGGAUGUAUAUAUAGGCGAGUGUAUGCAAAACUUUGGCGUCAGGUUAAAAGACUCGACAGACUCACUCAACCGUUCAAGAUUUCAUUGUUUUAAUCCAGAGACUGUUCUCAACGCACGUUUUCCAAAGUGGUUCAUGGAGUACGAUCAUUUAUCUAGGAGAGGAGGCAUUGAGAACAUCAGCGACUACGCCGUGAGCUUCCACUACAUCCAUCCCAACCAGAUGUACACUCUGGAGUUUUUCAUCUAUCACCUACGUCCUUAUGGCAUUUUAAACAGCCCGCAGAGUCUAAACAAGAUUACGACAACAUAG